GAGUUCCCCUCUCCACCCAGUGGGGGCCCCAGGGCUACUUCUACCCCAUCCAGAUCGCCCAGUACGGGCUGAGCCACUACAGCAAGAACCUGACGGAGAAGCCGCCGCACGUGGAGGUUUAUGAGACAGCCGAGGACAAGGACAGGGGCAGGGCCGGGGACUGGGCCGUGCCCAAGGGCUGCUCCCUGACCACGGUGUGGGACAAAGCCAAGCUCACCGGGGUCAAACAGUUCUCUGCUCCAGACACCAGCGAGGGGGUGUCCCUGCAACUGGGGAACACCCGGGACUUCAUCAUCUCCUUCGACCUCAAGUUCGUGACCAACGGCAGCAUUUCGGUGGUGCUGGAGACGACAGAGAAGAACCAGCUGUUCACGGUGCACUACGUGUCCAACACGCAGCUCAUCGCCUUCCGCGACAGGGACAUCUACUACGGCAUCGGGGCGCGCACCAGCUGGAGCACCCUGACCAGGGACCUGCUCACCGACCUGCGCAAGGGCGUGGGGCUCUCCAACACCAAGGCCGUCAAGCAGACCAAGAUCAUGCCCAAGCGGGUGGUCCGGCUGGUGGCCAAGGGCAGGGGCUUCCUGGACAACGUCACCAUCUCGGCCACGGCGCACAUGGCCGCCUUCUUCGCCGCCAGCGACUGGCUGGUGAGGAACCAGGACGAGCGGGGCGGGUGGCCCAUCAUGGUGACCAGGAAGCUGGGGGAGGGCUUCAAAUCCCUGGAGCCGGGGUGGUACUCGGCCAUGGCGCAGGGCCAGGCCAUGUCCACGCUGGUGCGGGCCUACCUGCUGACGCGGGACGCGGCCUUCCUGGGCGCGGCCCUCAGGGCCACCGCGCCCUACAAGCUGCCGGCGGAGCAGCGCGGGGUCAAGGCCGUGUUCAUGAACCGGCACGACUGGUACGAGGAGUACCCCACGUCCCCCAGCUCCUUCGUGCUCAACGGCUUCAUGUACUCCCUCAUCGGGCUCUACGACCUGAAGGAGACGGCGGGCGAGAAGCUGGGCCGGGAGGCGCGGCUGCUCUACGAGCGCGGCAUGGAGUCCCUCAAGGCCAUGCUGCCGCUCUACGACACCGGCUCGGGCACCAUCUACGACCUGCGCCACUUCAUGCUGGGCACGGCGCCCAACCUGGCCCGCUGGGACUACCACACCACCCACAUCAACCAGCUGCAGCUCCUCAGCACCAUCGACGACUCGCCCAUCUUCAAGGAGUUCGUCAAGAGGUGGAAGAGUUACCUGCGGGGCGGGCGGGCCAAGCACAACUGAGCUGCCACCAAAGCCGCCGGCCGGGUGACGGCCCCGCUUCUCUACGGCCCGUUCGAAGAAGUGAUCCUUAGAACUGCUCUCCUGAAAUCACUGCAUUCCAGGGUGGGAACCUUUGGGUCCGAGCGGUGGGGCCGGGGAGCGUCACCCGUCCCCUGCGCUCCGCCAAGCGAAACCCCCCCGUGCUCCUGAGUCUGAGGCUGGGUUUUGUCGGGUUUUAGUUUUCCUUUUUGCAGGAAAAUGUUUGCAGAAGCCAUAGAGGUCUCGAAAGUCCCGCAGGCCUCGCCUGAAGAGUUAAUCCGUGGCCUCUUAAACUGAGUCUAUGUGUCUCUGUGGGAACAGCUCCUGUGGUGUGACGCCGUCGAUGUGACUUCACUCGUAGCCUGGGUAGUGCACAGUGUAUCUUUUAAAGGCGGGGGUGUUUUUUAAUAGGAAUUCUUUUCUCGGGGUGACAAACACACCUUUUUAAGUUUUUCCCCAGUCCUCUGGCUGGAGAUCCUUUAGCUGGAGGGUUUCUCCCCAGACGUGUGGGCGGAGGACGCGCGGCCGGCGCCACGUAAGCACAACUCGGUGAGGCUCGCGGGGCCCCCGGAGCCUGAGCCUCAUCACCCCCAGGUUCACCAUCACCCCUCACUGGUGUCACCUCAGAGCUUGGAUCCCUCCUCUGGAGCCUGAUGUCCUGUCUUGGGUUUUGUGAUUCCCUCUGAGAGGUUUCUCUGAGCUUUGGCCGCUUCUUUUUGGGGACACUCAUGGCGAGUUGCUGAGCGGGACGUGGAGCUCGUCCCGAGUCGCUCAGGAAAUUCGGUUGGGGUUCAUUAAGGUUUUCCUGAGGUGAUUUUAAUUUUUAACCUGCUCGAUCCAUCAAGCAUUUUAGAAAUUGAAGUUACCUCAGAGGGCUCUGCAGCUCUGCCUGGGCUUUAAUUCCUGAGAGGUUGUGGCUGCCCCAUCCCCUUGGAAGUGUCCAAGGCCAGGUUGGACAGGGCUUGGAGCAACCUGGGCUAGUGGAAGGUGUCGCUGGGUUGGAACUGGAUGAGCUUUAAGGUCUUUCCAUCCCAAACCAUUCCAGGAUUCCAUGAUUCACUGUCUUACAGUGUAAGGGGUCAUUACACCUCCAGCAGUGGCUUCUUGGGUGUGAUUUGCCUUUGUGGCUCUGCCAAGUGACCAGUGGUCCCUGUGCACAUCCCAACCCACACAUCCCAACCCACACACUGGAAUGGAGAAGAAACCAGGUGGAUUCUUCCCAUUUCCCAGUCCUUUACACCCACAUUACUCUGAGGUGUCUGGGGUGAUCCAGAGGAGUCAAACCAACCCAUGGCUGAGGUUUGCUCUGACCCCAAACUCCCGGAGAGGACACGGAUUGACUGUGGGGCUCCCACUGCUCCCAUUCCAUGCUGUCCAUGGAGGUGGGGCUUCAGGUGUUCACCCAAACCCCAGGGAGGCCGGGCACAAGGACAACAUCCAUCUGCAUUUGAGCAUUGCUUUGAUUUUUUUGAUGCUUUUUGGGAUUUCUGGCAGAGAUUUGAAGCAACUUUUGAAUUACUUGAUGUUCCAGCCCAUGCUCCCACCACACGGAUCCGUGUGGGACGUGGGGGUGGAGGAGGAAUUUCAAUACCAAAGGUAGCAGAGGUGAUUUUUGUUACAUAUCUGUGCGCACACAAAACCACCCUAAAAAUGUGCUUCCCCCCCAAAAAACUGGUCCUUCCUGCGACAUCUCCCUCCUGCUUCUUCCCUCCACCCUGUCCCCGUUUGGGAGUUGGGGAAUCUGGAGACACCCUUUGGGUGCUGCUCGAGAGAUGGUUUUGGUGCCUUAUGGAGGCCACAAUUUCCAAUUUUUGUUGUUUUUUUUUUCCCUAAUUACAUCCAAUUCCAGGAUUGGAGCGUGGCUGAUCCGGCUCGGAAGCGCGAGCUGGCCGUGCCAGCACCAUCGGUCUUGUCCCACCACCUGAUCCUUAACAUCCCAUUGCAUUUUCUUGGCCUUAGCACUGGUGGAGCUCCAAGGAUGCCCCACCAGAGGUGGUAGGACCGUGGAGAAUCCGUGUGGAGUUUCUCCUGGCAUUCCCUCAGUUGAGUUGUGCGGUGGCAGAGGAUCAUCGGACACGGCACCAACGCCAGCGGCGCCCAAACCUCCACCAAAUCCAUUUUGACUUUUUUUGGGGUUUUUUGUUGAUUUUCACUCUCCAAACCGACACACAGAUCUUUGGCACUGAGCCCUCAGACUCCAGACUCCGAUCCGAGCUCUCGGAGCCCCGGAUCCAGCGAAUCCUCCCGCGGGAUUUGCCGUCCCUGGACGCCAUCAGAGGCGUCGCGCUCGCGGAUCCCCCCGACCAGUGACACAAGCACAACCCUCCCAGUGGGCAGGUGCCAUUCCCUGGAAGCUGCCAUUCCCUGGAAGCUACCAUUCCCUGGAAGCUGCCAUUCCCUGGAAGCUACCAUUCCCUGGAAGCUGCCAUUCCCAGGAAGCUGCUCUUCCCACCCCCCUCCUCGUGGGGCUUUGGUUUGCCGGGUUCUCGCUGCGCCGCCGUGGCCGGGCGGGCUCUCCCCGUGUGGUAAAUAUGCAAUAACUUGUUUACAGGAUGCUCUGGGCAGGGUGGUCCUUUGUAAAGCUGUACAGCCUUUGCAGUUCAAGCACAAUGUGCACAGUUAGUUUUCUAUUCAGCCAAACCUGAGUUUUUUGCAGCAGGAAGAGGUUCCUCUAUGUUUCUAUACGACGUGAAAAUGGGUCAGCGUUUGUGCUUCGUGUAAAAGCUGCUUUAUAAGACUGUAAAAUAAAUUUUUUUAUCUUAAGGCAA